AUGAGACACGAAGCUCCCAUGCAGAUGGCCUCUGCCCAAGAUGCCAGGUAUGGCCAGAAAGACUCCUCUGAUCAGAACUUUGACUACAUGUUCAAACUGCUCAUCAUUGGCAAUAGCAGCGUGGGGAAGACAUCCUUUCUCUUCCGUUAUGCGGAUGACUCCUUCACAUCUGCGUUCGUCAGCACAGUCGGGAUCGAUUUCAAAGUCAAAACUGUGUUCAAAAAUGAAAAGAGAAUUAAGCUCCAGAUUUGGGACACAGCAGGCCAGGAAAGAUACAGGACUAUCACCACAGCCUAUUAUCGCGGGGCCAUGGGCUUUAUUUUAAUGUAUGACAUCACAAAUGAAGAAUCCUUCAAUGCAGUACAGGACUGGUCAACUCAAAUCAAAACGUACUCAUGGGAUAAUGCCCAGGUUAUCCUGGUUGGGAACAAAUGUGACAUGGAAGAUGAGCGAGUCAUCUCAACCGAGAGGGGCCAACAUUUAGGAGAACAGCUUGGAUUUGAAUUUUUUGAAACAAGUGCCAAGGAUAACAUUAAUGUCAAGCAGACAUUUGAGCGCCUCGUGGAUAUCAUCUGUGACAAGAUGUCCGAGAGCCUGGAGACGGAUCCAGCCAUCACUGCCGCAAAGCAGAACACAAGACUCAAGGAAACCCCUCCUCCACCACAGCCCAACUGCGGCUGUUAG